AUGCGUGAGCAGUUGCAACAGUACGAACAUCGCUAUGAUGAGAUCCUUCAACAGGGUCGAAUCUUGGAAGAACAGCUCUCUGUAGCUAAGGCCGAGCUAAGCAAGGCCGAAGCAGAACUUCAGGUCGCUCGUGCAGGGUACCAAGAGCUUGAAGCCGCCCUAACCAGCUGCCGGGGUGACAACAACUUGCUGAACUUCCAAAACACCCAGCUACGUAGUUGCAAGUCAAAGACCGCGAGAUUCAGAGACUUCGCCAGGCUGCUGCAAGCGCCACGAGUCCUGGGUCUUCGCCUCCAACGUCUGCUCCUCGCCAGCCAGAUAAGCCGCCGGUACUUGCGUCAAGUGCAUGCUCUGGAUAAUAGUGGUGCACCUUCAUUGCCGCAAGUUGUCAAUGAGUCAGCCCCUUGCCCUCCUGCGACCGUCCCUCCUGCGACCGUUACCGAUCCUCGUGUUGAUCAGUUGAUUGAUGUCGUACAGCAAAUGCUUGCCCAAAGAAAUGGCACGGAUCCAGGAUGCAAUGAUGCAUCUCCUGUUCAUGAGAUCGAAGAGCCUGAAAGGCAAGAGAAGCACAUUGUUGACAGCCGAGCUUUGUUACAUCUCAAGCUUGAGCCGGUUCCUUCCGACGCUGCUGGUUUCCGAGCCUGGAAAAACUCGUUGUUGGUCCAGAUUGCCAAGCUUGACAUGUCAGGCGAAGGUUUGGUUGUUGCAUGGUUGUCUCGGUCUUUCACAGCUGAAAAAGAAGAGCUUACUGAAUCAGGUCUUCUUCCUCGCCUUGAUGCUUGGAUUGCUGGAGAGAUGACUUCCAUGCGUGUGUUGAAGCAAGUGACUGAGUUGGCGCAAGAAGUUAUCGCCUACGUUGAGUUGUGUGGCCAGACAGGGUCCCAGCCGAAAGGUCGAUACAUGCUUGCUCUUCUUGCUCGUCAUUUCAGCAUUGACCGCGUUCGAGGCACUGUGCUGACUGCUUCAACGUUGUUCCAGGUCGAAAUUGGAGGAAACUCCAUUCGAGAUCUCCGGGAUUUUGUGCAGCGCGUUCGGACUGUUCUGUAUUCAAUCCCAAUAGGACAGAGGCCGGAUGAUCGCCUCACUGGCGAAUGGCUCUUCCACCGUGUGAAGCACAUUAGGAAGCUAGAACGUGUCAUUGAUGACAUCAGAGAAUCUGCGCCAGAAUCCCGUCGUCGUGAGUGGAGUUACCUAUGGAACAAGAUACAAGACGUCAUCGUUCAAGAACGAGAAGACACCAAUGCUCAGUCGGUAAUCAAGUCCCUGCAGAUUGCAGCUCCGCAGGCAAAGGAUGGCAUCUGGUUGCAUGCACGGAGAGGAGCCGUUGCGAAGGCAGUCGUGGCAAUGAUUGCCGCCUCAAGCGUGUGCAACAUCCCUGGAGGCAACGCCUUCAGCGUUGGGUGGGCUGCGGAUACAGCUGCUGGUCGGCAUCUUGGAUCGGCACGGGCGUUGGCAGACCGGGGAAUUCCGUCGGAGUCAUACAGGUCGUUUCUUGCGCACUCAGCGAGCCUUGUUACGUUCCACGCAGGCGGUGGACCUCAGCCCGGUUCGCAGAGCUUGGGAUUUGCGUCCGACAAUAUGCCUCUCGCCAUUCACUACAUGUUGGACAACUGCCCAGUUGUUCGAAGCACUGGCUUGGAUGUUGAAUCUGGGAAGGCCUUCAUAUGGUUACCUGGUUCCCUUCCAUUCUUCGCGCAUGACUUGUCUAAGCUUCGGGUCGACUGCGCCGAAGAAGCCAAGCUUUAUGCCAAGCGCACAGAUGAGCAUGUGCCGAUCUUCACCAGCAAAUGUCAGUUUGUCCAUGGUCUUGCUGCAUCAGCUGAUUCUCUUGACGAGUCGGGUGAGGAAUGCCAAGAGCCUUCGCGUCCCGUUGCCCAUGAUCCAGCUGAAGAGUAUGCCAAAGACCUCCUAACAAAGCGUGGUGAUAUUCAGCCCAAUCAAGUUCGUAAGAUCUUUGGACUUAUGAAACGUGGUUCCGCAUCCCGAGGGAUUGAGCCGAGCGAUGACUCGUCCUUUGCAGUAGGUUGCUUCUGUCGAGGUGGUGUGGUCGGUCUACUGAAGUCCAAGAAAGGGGUCAUCCGGUUUUCCGCCAAAGAUCGACUUCGUGCCACGAAGCCUUGGACUGGUGAUCGACUUGUGAUGGUCUUGUGUGCGGCAAAAGAUCCUGCUUCUCUCGAGCAUGAUGUUUUGGAUGCUCUCAUAGGAGUUGGGUUUCUACUGGACAAUCUUCCGCUGGUUGAUGUCAUUCCCGCAGAAGUUGAUUCGUCCGAGAUACCUUCCUCUUCGUCAGGGGGGUUACCCAAAGAACAUCUUAUCGAAGCAAGCCCUGAUGGUCCUGCUGCGUCUGCGCUUCCUGAAGGGGACAAGCCUCUAGAUUUGAGUCCACCUGGAUUCCCCGUUGUGGAUGAUGCACAUGUCAGUGAUCGAGUUCGCAAACUGAGAGAUGAAGCUGUAAGUGUGAAGCAUCGCUUCUUCCACUUCCCAAAGAACCCGUUCUGUGAUGUGUGCAAUCAAUCCAAGCUCUUGUCCAGAAGAGUGUGUCGCAAGCCUCGUGAUGAGGACUCUGAGCCCGCGUUGCUUGAAGCCUCGGAAUUUGGAGAAGUCUUCGCAGCUGAUCACAUUCAUGUGUUCAAGUCACUCAGCGACUCCAACGCUCCCGGAAGAGAGUAUGUUGUGUUCGAGCAGUGCCCUGUUCAAUGA